AGUACGGGAACUCCGUAUCGCUGUAAGGAGUGAAGUUCAUCACGUCAAGACCUAACAUGGCUGACGAGAUGGAAGUCGACAGAGACGCGGUAGAAUCGGGACAAAAGCCAGAGAAAAUGUUUACCCUAAAGAAGUGGAAUUUGGUAGCGAUGUGGAGCUGGGAUGUUGAGUGUGAUACGUGUGCCAUCUGUAGAGUUCAGGUUAUGGAUGCUUGUCUGCGGUGUCAAUCAGAAAACAAACAAGAUGACUGUGUUGUGGUAUGGGGAGAGUGCAACCAUUCCUUCCACAACUGCUGCAUGUCCCUGUGGGUGAAGCAGAACAACAGGUGCCCCUUGUGUCAGCAGGAGUGGGUAGUGCAACGCAUUGGGAAGUAGUCCUCACCCACCCACAGUAUAUCCCAGCAGUACACGCAGAUCACUCAACUUUCACCUUGUCACAUAGCCUUCACAGACAUGUCAACACAAGGCCACAUUUUGUGUUGGGCUGUCGUGGCAUUAGUGUGAACCUCUGUGUUGGUUGCCUACCAUGAUAUAAAACAUUUACAUUCGGAAAUUGAUGGAAAAAUGGACAUCAGUUUCGUCUGUUUUAUAUUAUUGGAGUUACCUGUCACCACCUCUUGAACAGAUGCUUCACAAAGUUUUCCCCUUGUGAUUUGAAUAAUAAGACUGUUUAAAAUUAGUGUUUGUCCAUAACCAGUCUAAAUUCAAGAAGGAUGAACACUGUUUCUUUGUGGAGUACCACGUUUACCAACACAUGAAGCGAAUCAGUUUUGUAGAUUCUUGGAUAUCUUAAUUUCUAACCAUGUCAGCCGGUGGAAGUCAAGACAGAAACUGAUUCUGUGAGAUUUCAUGUAUUGAAUAUGUGCUAGGUGGUCAUCAACAGGGCUGGUUAAAAUGAUCGAUAGUCGGAAAUAUCGUUGUUAGGAAAAAUGAUGAAUGAUUAUCGAUAUGAAAAUUGUGUUACCGGUAAUAUCGUACUGUAACUUUUGUGAUAGAAAAAGGUUUCAAUUUUCUCACUCAGUAUGCAAUUUUAGGACUUUAUUCAUGGUUGCUUCUAAAUUUUGUUCAGAACGCCUUUUUGUUAAUAUUCCAAGCAAAAGCAUGUCCCCACUCACAGGUGAUGGGAAAUAUGUUUAUUUCUUUCAGACAUUUCAGAUUUCGAUUGAUAUUGAGUUAACGUUUAUUGAUUUCUAUGGUCUACAUCGAUAGCCAGCCCUCGUCAUCAAAGAAUGAUUUAAUAAUCCAUCAAUUUGUUUGGGGUAUUCCUGUACGAUGUAACAAUGUGUGUGAAGUGUGUCAACCAGUGAUGUCUAGUAUGUUACACAAAUAUCCUGUCAUUGCCAUAUGUAGGUAUUAUUACAAAAAGAUGCUUAUACAGGGCCUUGAUGAGAUAUACAAAAAUGUUUUGAUUUAAUGAUGUGUUUUAUUUAUUGUGGGGUCUCAAGUCAGUUUAUGUACAUGUACAUCUGAGUUUGUCUGCUUGAUAUCCUGUAUGAAGAAAUCUGCUAAAAGACCAAAAUUUGUGUGUGUGUGAAUUUAUCUUUUUGUUAAGGCCAGACCAAUGUUAUUUCUUGUGUCACGGAUCCGCUGGUCGUAUUUUUUCAAGAAUAAGAACAAAAAUAAAACUUAAUUUUCCCCGCUCAAAAAAUAAAAUCCUAAUGUUUUUAUUGGCCAAAUAUGUAAACUUACAGAAAGAGGUUUCUUUAGAUUGUUUUUUGCCCCAUAUACACUUCAUAAAUUGCUGAAAGUAAAAUACUUGAGUUUUUGGAACGAACAUUACUUUGACUGGUGAUUUUAUUUAUUUAUUUGUUCCCUCCUGCCUUUAGGUUUUCCGAGGACAAAAAUCCGUAAAACAAGAAAUAAAAUUGGUCUGGCCUAAUUAGUCAUGCAAGAAAAAUGUGUCUAAGGAUUUAUCUUUGUUUACAAUGUUGAGUUGCAUCCCCUUGUUUCAGUAGUAAUAACAAUGAUACGGUCACGUGUGUAGAGUCAAACUCCAUGCUGCAUGGGUAUGCUGUAAGUGCAGCAACUAAAAAGUUAAACUGUUGUCAGUAAUUAAGGAACAGAUGGAUCUUUUGGCCAUGUUUUAAUCCAGUCAAGGAAGGAGCACAUCAGAGGUGAAGCUGAGAAAGUUCCAUAGCACAGCAUCAGAGUGUUGGAAGAAUGAUCUGUCUUCAACUUGUUCUUUCAUUGAUCAUCAAAGUUUGUAGAUGUUCUGAUGUGACAUGUCAUGGGAUGUCCUAAGAAAUGUGUAAAGUGGUAUCAGGCAGGUCAGAUUUUAAUGGGAAAUUUACCAGAGUUACAGAAAACUGACUCCAAGCUCUAUCCACAAGUGCUACUGACUCACAAAACAAACAGAAUUAAAUGACAUGUCAUAUUGAUAGGCCACAGUUUACUUGUGUUUGGAUUGCUUAGUACUAAAAUCACUUGGUCCCGGUACAAGUCAGAAAUAGAGUAUAGCUACUUACAAUCCUGUGUCCGCUCAUUGCUACUGGAUACAUUCAGUUCAGUCAAGAAAACAGUAAUGCUUUUCAUUAGUUUUAUUGAUCCCAAAUCGUCAAAAGUGACCACUAUGACACUAGACUUGUCAAGUAAGUUUCAUUCAGAUAUAGGGUUGGUGGGAUAGCCCAGUGGUUAAAGCGUUUUCUCAUCCUGGGUUCAAUUCCCCACAUUGGUACAAUGUGUGAAGCCCAUUUCUGGUGCCCCCCUGCCAUGAUAUUGCUGGAAUAUUGCUAAUAAUGGCAUAAAACCCAACUCACUCAUCCAGAAGUGAAUGGUUUGGACGUUUUGCUUUGGAAACAGAAAACAGAUGGGGAUGGCAUUACUUGUCCAUGUGGUAUAUGAAUUUAAUGGUGGACAUGAGUCAGGCAUGUUUUGUUCACCAGAACUUCAGUCCAAUCAUCUAUCUUUUUCAAUGUGUUAAUGCUGUAAUAACAUGGACAUUUAUAUUGUGUAUAUUCUGUGAUGUGAAUAAACUACUGGUUUGAUUUUGAAACCAGAUAUCAUUA